GCUCAAAGAGGAGAAGUCACUUAUCUGAGACCACACACUUAGUGAGCAGUGUGUAUAUUUGGGAGAGGGCACAGAUUUGAGUCUAGAUCAGUCUGCGUCCAAACACAUAUUCUUAUUGCCCUACAUAUAGACCAUCUAAGUCAGCUGUCCUCAAACUAUUCCCAACCUUUUUGGCACCAGGGACCAGUGCUCCUAUGAGAAUCUAAUCCCUGAUGAUCUGAAGUGGAGCUGAGGCAGUGCUAGGGCCGGGGAGCAGCUGCCAAUACAGAUGAAGCUUCACUCACUCCACCACUCACCUCCUGCUGUGUGGCCAAGUUCCUACAGGACAUAUACAACCCCACCCUCCCACCCCUCUAAGUUAUGCAAAACUUGCUUUUAAUGAGGUUCCAGGAAAGCAAGUUAUGCCUUUAGAUAACAGACCCCAAUCCUUGUUACACAUCUAUUAACACAUCCAUCUAUAGAGACUAACUCUGCAUUUGCUUUAAGGACCUUUACGGAGAUGGACCUGAGGCAGGAGGAGGGAAAAAGAGUAACGUUCUUCCCUGGAGAAUGGGGGUGCAAUUUCUUUACCAAAAAAGUUGUCACCCAGGUCAUGAGAGAGAACGAUGUGACAGUAACUACCUUUAUGUCCCAGGAUUAUGAGAGAAGACAGUAGUUGUUCACAUUAGUUGUUCUUGGCAAAGAUCCCACCUCUUUAAUAUCGUUAAAAAUGAUAUUAGCUACUUUAAAGAUCCUGGGACAAACGUGGAGAACCACAUGCCUAUUGUAAUUUUUUUUCUCUUUUUUUUUUUUUCCCUCCUCUUUAAUUCCACCCCUCACUUCCACCCCUGACCUAUGGAUGUUGCUGUUUCCCCUUCAUAACUGGAUCCCUGAAGGUGGGGCGUCACCUCCCGCACACUUGUGGUGUGCAGCCGGGUUAUGGUCCUUGGCUCCACCUGGGGCGCGAACCCAGGACCUUCUGCAUGUAAAGCAGAUGUGCUAACCACUACACUGUGGAACCACCCGCCUAUUGUUAUUUUUAUGCAUUCAUUCUUGCAUGGAGAAACCCACUUCUGUUCUUGCUCAAUGGUAGAGAGGAAGAGCUCUUGAGAACCUGGUCUGUCCUCAUGCUUCAUGUUCAUCUUUACUAUUUCCCUUUUUUCAGUUGAGGAACCUGAGACUCAGGUUGGUCAUGCGGUGAAUCCAUGGUAGGGCGGGCGCUGCAGUUCAGCUGACGGCCGAGGUGGUGCAGUCUGGUGUGGUGGUCAGGAUGGCAGAGGAGCAGGAGUUCACCCAGCUGUGCAAGUUGCCCGUGCAGCCCUCACACCCACACUGCGUCAACAACACCUACCGGAGUGCACAGCACUCCCAGGCCCUGCUCAGGGGGCUGCUGGCUCUCCGGGACAGCGGCAUCCUCUUCGACGUUGUCCUGGUAGUAGAAGGGAGACAUAUCGAGGCGCAUCGCAUCCUUCUGGCUGCGUCCUGUGAUUAUUUCAGGAUCCAGUCAAGGUUCACGCAUUUCAUGGAUCCUUUCUUAAGAGGAAUGUUUGCUGGGGGCUUGAAGGAGAUGGAGCAGGAAGAGGUCCUCAUCCACGGUGUGUCUUACAAUGCCAUGUGCCAAAUCCUGCAUUUCAUAUACACCUCCGAGCUGGAACUCAGCCUGAGCAAUGUUCAGGAGACACUGGUUGCCGCCUGCCAGCUUCAGAUCCCAGAAAUCAUCCAUUUCUGUUGUGAUUUCCUCAUGUCCUGGGUGGACGAGGAGAACAUCCUUGAUGUCUACCGACUGGCAGAGCUGUUUGACUUGAGCCGUCUAACAGAGCAGCUUGAUACCUACAUCCUCAAAAACUUUGUGGCCUUCUCAAGGACUGACAAGUACCGCCAGCUUCCCCUGGAGAAGGUCUACUCCCUCCUCAGCAGCAACCGCCUGGAGGUCUCCUGCGAGAAUGAGGUGUACGAGGGUGCCCUGCUCUACCAUUAUACUCUGGAGCAGGUGCAGGCCGACCAGAUCUCACUGCAUGAGCCCCCCAAGCUCCUUGAGACGGUGCGGUUUCCCCUAAUGGAAGCUGAGGUCCUCCAGCGGCUGCACGACAAGCUGGACCCCAGCCCGCUGAGGGACACAGUAGCCAGUGCUCUCAUGUACCACAGGAACGAGAGCCUGCAGCCCAGCCUGCAGGGCCCGCAGACGGAGCUGCGGUCAGACUUCCAGUGUGUCGUGGGCUUUGGGGGCAUUCAUUCCACACCGUCCACUGUCCUCAGCGACCAGGCCAAGUACCUGAACCCCCUGCUGGGAGAGUGGAAGCACUUCACUGCUUCCCUGGCCCCCCGCAUGUCCAACCAGGGCAUUGCGGUGCUCAACAACUUCGUGUACCUGAUCGGAGGGGACAACAAUGUCCAGGGGUUCCGUGCUGAGUCCCGAUGCUGGAGGUAUGACCCGCGGCACAACCGCUGGUUUCAGAUCCAGUCCCUGCAGCAGGAGCACGCCGACCUGUGUGUGUGUGUCGUGGGCGGGUACAUCUACGCGGUGGCGGGCCGUGACUACCACAAUGACCUGAAUGCUGUGGAGCGCUACGACCCCGCCACCAACUCUUGGGCCUACGUGGCCCCACUCAAGAGGGAGGUGUAUGCCCAUGCAGGGGCCACACUGGAGGGGAAGAUGUACGUUACUUGUGGCCGCAGAGGAGAGGACUACCUAAAGGAGACGCACUGCUAUGAGCCGGACAGCAACACCUGGCAUGCUCUGGCUGACGGACCCGUGCGGCGGGCCUGGCACGGCAUGGCCACCCUCCUAGACAAGCUGUAUGUGAUCGGGGGCAGCAACAACGAUGCUGGCUACAGGAGAGAUGUGCACCAGGUGGCCUGCUACAGCUGCAUAUCUGGGCAGUGGUCGUCUGUUUGCCCGCUCCCGGUGGGGCAUGGUGAGCCCGGCAUUGCUGUGCUGGACAACAGGAUCUAUGUGCUGGGUGGCCGCUCGCACAACCGUGGCAGCCGCACUGGCUACGUGCACAUCUACGAUGUGGAGAAGGACUGCUGGGAGGAGGGGCCCCAGCUGGACAACUCCAUCUCAGGCCUGGCGGCCUGUGUGCUCACCCUGCCUCGCUCCCUGCUCCUCGAACCGCCCCGAGGGACCCCCGACCGCAGCCAGGCGGACCCGGACUUUGCCUCUGAGGUGAUGAGUGUGUCUGACUGGGAGGAGUUCGACAAUUCUAGCGAGGACUAGAGAUCUGUGACUGGUGUCAGAGGGAAGGGGAAGGUGGCGGGAGCUCAGAGGGCAGCCCUGGCCAGAGCACUUUACCCCAGGGCAUUGAGGCCCUUCCUCCUGUCACAUACCCAUACCCCACUUCACCCCAUCUCCCGCUCCCUUCCCUGCUGGCUGGCUCCCACUACCCUUCUUAAACACCAGAACUGUGACUGUGGAUCAUCCUGCAGAGGGAAGUGCUUGGGAGGGCUCUGGUCCUCUGAAGGGGUUUGCCAAGCCUGCUCCUCAGCUCAGACAGGGUGUGCUGUCACCCGUGGUCUUGGCCUCCCUGCUCCCUGGUUCUGGUCCCUGCUGGGCUGAGAAGGUGCCUUUCUCCAAAGGGACCUGGGACUGGCACCCAGGUGAGGAGGCUGAGGCACAGUGAGCCCCCUUCUUGGGUAGGAAGGGAAUGGGGUGAGCCCCUUGCCUACCUACCGAGCAGCCAGGGUCUUGAGUGAAUAUGAAUUCCCAAUGGCUGGAGAGGUAGCAGAGAUGCACAGAGAUGCCUGAGACUGGUUCUAGUGAUAAGAAAAUCCCCUACAGCUGGGCUUUUCUGACCCCAUGUUGUUGAUAAAUGAAAUAAAUCAUCUUACAAAAGGUGUGAAUUUUU